AACAAUUGAUAAGAUGAUGGACAAAAAUUGUCGAAUUUGUUUUAAAUUAAAUACCAAUAAAAUUAUCUCACUUCUGGAUUUUCCAGAAAAUUAUUCAAUCGACUAUUUGUCAAUUUUGAAAAUGUUGCUGCCGAAUUUCGAACUGAUGGAAAAUGACUCAUUACCGAAACAUAUAUGCAGUGUGUGUGCAAGUGAAUUAUUAAUAUCAUACAAUUUAGUGGCCAAGGUGAAAAAAACCGAGCAAAAAAUUAAAAAUAUUUUGGAGGGUCGUGUAAUUAAAAUUCCUGUUAAUGAUAUUGAAAAUUCUGACGAAAUUCAAGAAACUUGUGAUAAACUUGGAGCUUUAUGUGACCAAUGCUCUUUUGGUUGUGCAGCUGCCAGUAACAUAACUGCAAAUACUUGCAGAUUUUGCGGAAAUAAACGUGAUACUUGCAAUAUUUGUAGAAUAGAAGGCGAUAAUAUUCUGGAUACAUCGCUGAAUAUAAUAAAAGAAGAAGUUAUUGAAAUUCCAUCAAUUCAAUAUGAAUGCAAUGAAUGUGGGAGAAAAUUUUUAACAAAAACGAAAUUGAAAAAACACAUUAAAUCGCACAAUCCUCAAAAGACGCAUUAUUGCAAGGAAUGCAAAUGGUCAUUUUACACAUCUGCACAAUUAGAACGACACAUGAUAGUAAAUCACUCCGGAGGUAACAACCAAUGCAUCCAUUGCCAAAAAACGUUCAAAGAAAAAAGAUUACUUCGGCAGCACAUGAUAACUCACAAUCAACAAAAAAGGUUUAAUUGUCAAUUUUGUAGUAAAGGAUUUAAUUUGCUACAUCACCUGAAAAAUCACGAGGCAACACAUAAAAAAUAAUAUUUGGGGCAAAAAACUUAAAAUAAAUAAAAAAUAUUUUUUUAAAAAUUGUUUGA